UUCAGAGUUGUUCAGUUCAGUUCAAGUCUCUGCGCGGGAAACACGCAAGAGCGUUUUUGAAUAGUUGUGUUCUAAGUCGUUGGAGUAUUGUGCUUUUGAGUGAAGCUCAACAAUGUCCAAAACGCCAAUCCAAAAAUGGUACUCCGGAAAGUCCAUCUUCGUCACAGGUGGUUCAGGAUUUAUGGGGAAGGUAUUGUUGGAAAAAAUUCUUUUCGCGUGCUCAGAUGUGCGCGUGAUAUACAUUCUCAUCCGUCCAAAACGCGGUAAAACUCCACAAACAAGAAUUGAAGAAUGGUUCAAACUGCCGGUCUUCCAACGCAUUCGAGAUCAAAAGCCAGAAGUGUUCAAGAAACUGGUUCCUAUUCAAGGUGAUGUAACUUUCGAUGGGCUGGGAAUUUCAAAUGAAGAUUUGAGCAAGCUUAUUAACGAGACUGAGAUUGUAUUCCACUGUGCCGCAACACUCAAGCUAGAGGCUAAGCUGAAGGAUGCGAUCGAAAUGAAUACUGUUGGCACUAAGCGCAUGUUAGAUUUGUGCAAACAAAUGGAAAAACUGCAAGUAUUACUGCAUUUGUCAACAGCGUUUUGCUAUUGCGACAAGGAAGUUUUGAACGAACGAGUAUACGAUUUUCACCACAAUCCCUACGAUUUGAUGCGAACCGUAGAAUGGAUGGACGAAGAAACAUUGAAUCAGAUAACACCGAACUUGAUGAAACCGCAUCCCAAUACCUACACCUACUCGAAGCGUCUAACGGAGUGCCUGGUGAGAGAUAGCUAUCCCCAGCUGCCUGUUUGCAUCGUGCGACCUAGCAUUGUAUGUCCAGCGAACAAAGAUCCGGUAGAAGGAUGGGUCGACAGUUUAAACGGUCCGGUAGGAAUCAUGGUUGCAGGAGGCAAAGGAAUCAUUCGAUCCAUGCUUUGCAACGGAGAAUAUAAUGCCGAAGUAAUUCCUGUUGAUAUAGCUAUCAAUGGAUUAAUAAGUAUCGCUUAUACGUUAGGUCAGAUGCAAACACUACCCCAAGAAAUCCCAGUAUACAAUGUUACCUGCCGGGAGACUAAGCGAACUACAUGGAAAGAAGUUCUUGAAUUGGGCAAAGCAACCGCUUACGAAUACCCAUUCGAGGCCGGAGUGUGGUAUCCUGACGGAGAUAUAACAACUAACAAAAUCUAUCAUACCAUUUGUGUUACACUAUUCCACUGGCUACCAGCGUAUUUUAUAGAUUUUUUAAUGUUUUGUUUUGGCCAAAAAAGAUUUAUGUGUCAUGUGCAGACGAUGGUUACACAGGGUUUAGAUCUGCUGCAGUUUUUUACUACUCGCCAAUGGAAUUUCAAAUCGCAACAAUAUCAAGCAAUUGCAAAUAACCUAACUCCUGAGGACAAUGAGAUAUUUGACAUGGAUGUCGACAAAAUUGACACAAAGGAAUACUUGAGACGGAUAAUGCUGGGCGGACGACAAUACUGCUUGAAAGAACCUCUUUCUUCGCUCCCUAAGGCCAGAAUCCAGCUGAAAGCUCUAUAUGUGUUGGAUAAGGUUGCUAAAGCGUUCUUUCUUUGGCUUCUUGUUUGGGGUCUGUUGCGAGUGACAGGAAUGGACCAUGCCGUUCGUGAAUUUUUUGCCUGAUUCGUCAGCCAUUGAUUUCAUUUUGCAGGACAAAAUCAAACGCGAUCACAAUUCUAUGGUAAUGAAUAAUCACAAGCAGCCAGCAAUUAAUAUAAAAUUGUUAACCCUUUGUCAAACGUUAGUAUUACAUAAGAAGUAUUAUAAAGUGGAUGAAAUUUUUAUUCGAUUUAUUAGGGAUUUCAUAGGUUAUUAUUUGCUCUAUUUUUAUAUUUGCUCAAAAAAUUCUCUUUUCGAUUUCGUUUUGAUAAAUCCAGUUUAUGAGUGUAUUUUUAUCAUUAAUUGUUGAAUCGAGGUUUUGUGUUGUUUCGGUUAGGAAUGGAUAAACUGUUAUUGAAGCAA